AUGGCGAAUCCACGACAGCGCAGAAAGGCGCGCUCGGGCACGUCGCUCAAGCCCUCGCUCAAUGCAAAGCAGCGCAUGCGCAAGAAGCUCCAGCGUGCACCCACGGUUCAUGGCGCCGACAUCCUCAAGGACUCGUACGAUCCCACGCUCACGCUCAAGCAGAACUACGCGCGCCUGGGGCUCAUCCCCGCACUCGGCGUUCGACCCAACACCGGCGGCACCGAGAAGCCCGCCACCACCACUGCUUCAACCAGCAAGGAUCCGGAGAAGCCGCGCAAGGGAAUGGCACGCGUGGUUCGUGAUGACGAGGGUAAUAUUGUGGACAUCGUCGAGGCGCCCGCGGACGAGGAAGAGACACCGUGGGGCAAGCCGCUGGAUAACAGCGUGGAGGAGCGAACCGACGUGCAUACGUUCAUUCCGGCCGCGAGCAAGACCACUACAUCGGUGGUGGACGAGUUGCAGACGAGGGCGGAUAACGCCGAACCGGUGCAGCGACACACGAGCACACUCGAGACCGACUGGCUCGGCCAGCUCGUCGCCAAGCACCGAGACGACUACACCGCCAUGGCGCGCGACCGCACGCUCAACCCCUGGCAAAAGACACCCGGCGAAAUCCGUCGGGCCAUCAACAAGGCGCGUCUCACCCAGUAA